AUGAGAUCGAAGGGGGUGGCCUGGUCGACCUUGACGAACUCGGCGUCCCAGGCCUUGAGGUCGUCGUCGGAGGCGGAGCGUUCUUCGGACGCGGCGGCUGCUUUGGGAGUCUCGACGUGCUUCUUGCAGUACUCGGUGGCCGAAGACGUCGCCGGAGUGAGAGAGACAGAGACGGAACCUUGCGCCGGAGGAGAAAGAGGAUGAGCGCGGGAGGGGGAGGGGGAGCGAGAGACUGAGAGGAAUUUUGGAUCUGAAAGGGGAAAAGACAGCGUGAAUGGUUUAAAAUUCAAACUUUUAUUUUUUUAUUAUUUUUAAAUGCCAUGUAGGAGAGAAGUUGGUUUUAAGUUGGGUUUGUGUUGUGCCUUUAACAUUUUCCAUAUACAAAAUGCAUUUUUGAGCUGAACAGUUAACCGCUACAUGUAGCGGUACUGUUCACCACGUAUUUGUCUUUUCUUCUCUCUCUUCUCCCGAAACUUUCUUCUUUUUUCCCACUUUAUUUCUUCCAUUACAUGUUGCGAUUCAGGCCCACGUGAUCGCCGUUCACCAUCCUCAUCCCCACCAUGUUCCGGUUCAGUACCACUGUACAAGCCUCAUCCUGAUCCCCGUUUGGUUAACCAUUUUGCAUAAAAAUUUAGAUAAACCAAUGUAAAUCCUCUAAAAAGUCCUGCACUUUUCCUGACACUUUCUCCGCAGCCAAACAGAAAUCAGAUUCCUCUCGAAACCUUCCUCCACACCGUUAUACAGCGUAAGCAACCAAGCCAAACAAAAAAAUCAUGAAAGAAGAAGAAAAAGAAUCAUAUUCGGAAUCAAAAUCCGCGGAUCUCUUGCACCAAUUCGAACAGAUCCUUGAAUCCAACCCUCUUAUUGAUGAAGUGGGUUUUAUACACCCAUCCCAAUUUGCGAAGCUAACUGAAGAGGCAGGCGAUGAUAUCGCUACUCCGUCUUCAGAUGAUGCAACCUUUUGGAGCAGAGAUCACAAGCUCGGCGUCUCGACACAGGUUCUUUUGCCGUUGUACAAUGCGGCUAAGCAUGCGUUUAUGGCUGCAAUAGGAGAGUAUAAGAGACUCGGCGACGACGUCGUAUCUGAUGACAGAGUGGAGAGUGAAGUGAUGAUGCAUAGUAGGGCUCUCUUAUUGCUCAGCUCCGAUUUCGGCACUGCCUGGAAUUCCAGGAAGCUAGUUCUGUCCAAGAAGCAGCACCUCUCAAAAUUCAUGGAUGAACUUCUGUUGUCAGAACUUGUUCUUUCAUAUUCACCCAAAAGUGAUCAUGCUUGGAGCCAUAGGCGGUGGGUGAUCAAGUCAGUCAGUGGAAAGUGUUCAACUCUACAAGAGAUCGUGAGGAAAGAAUCUGAACUGGUGGAAAAAAUAGCUGAGAGAUCAAAAAUGAACUACCGUGCAUGGAAUCACCGAUGCUGGCUCGUUUCCUACAUGACAAGGGAACAGGUGCUACAUGAGUUAAAGAAAUCCAGAAAUUGGGCGGAGUUGCAUGUUGCAGAUAAUUGUUGCUUCCAUUAUCGCAGUCGGCUAAUGCUCAGGAUUUUGAAAGACUCGCCCUGUAGACAAGAAAAUGCGUCUUCUGAUUACGUUGAAAUCCAUAAAGUAUGGAAGGAGGAGCUUGAUUGGAAUGAAAUGUUGAUAAAGCGUUACAUAGGAAGAGAGGCACUAUGGCUUCAUCGCCGCUUCCUUUCUUUGUGUUGGAUGAAGCAAUUUGCGACUGAUCUCUGCAAUGCAUCCUGCCAUUCUCAGCAAAAAACCAGCAUCAGUAGUGUCUUUGGUUCCUUUGUUGAUAAUGAGUUACGUCUCCUGGACUCCUGCUCAACUGUUCUGAACAAUGACUUUGACGAUUUCCAAGCACAAGCCACGUUGUCUGCUACUUACAUAUUGUGGUUGACAAAGCAAAUCCCUGAGUUUCAGUCUGAACUCCAAGAGAAGAAGCUUACAGCAGGAAAUCUGAAGAGUAUGUUGAGUAAGAUGUGCCCAGAAAAGGCCGGCCUUUGGGAUUCUUUGAUGGGGCUAGAUCGAAACGUCUGAUCAGUUUGCGUGGAAGUGAACUUAUUUUUUCCUCUUUUUUUUCCUCCUAUUAUGAGAUUUACUGUACUUUUUUUUAAAAAAAAAAAAUUUAUAGGAUAAUAUUACACUUACUAAAUUUUAUUUCCAAAAGAUAAUUUUCAAAUGAUAUAUCACAAUUUCAUGAGAUUUA